GCUGUGGCCCUAGACACCAGGAGGCCUGCCUGCGCUGGUUUUCGGGCAGGCCCUGGGCAGAGUGAGGCCCGAGUCCACUGCAGCCUGGCGGGGCGGUGAGGACCCUCAGCCUGGGCAGUGUGAUGCCCAGCUGUACUGUGAUAUGUGUUGUGGUUCCUGUGUGUGACAGGUUUGGGGCAGGAAACACCUUGGCUCUGUGGUAAAGAAAGGCCUUGAACUCUCGUUGAGGAGCAUGGAGCUGAUAUGAUUGGAAAAAAUAAGAAGGUACAUGGCUGUGAUUCAGAAGACAUGAUUUCCAGGGAGACUUUGCCUUCAUCAAGUGAGGAAAAGACACCUAAAUCAGUGACUCAUGAGGUUUUGGAAAAUGCAGAUAGCUCAGGGAAAGUAAACCACUCUGUUCAGAAUUUCCAACGCAGUAAUUACGAUGAUCUUUUUAAAGAUGCUACAGAAAGUGAGAGUGAGAGCCUAUUGGCCCCCGGUGGCUCCUUUCUAAGAGAAAAGUGGAACAGAGAAGAUGAAGAGCUUGCAGGGCCAUCCCAGACCGUCCCUCCUCAGCUUCCUGACAGUAUACAAAUUGUUUCUGAAAGGGAGCUAGCUCAGUUGGCUCAGGUUCGACCAUUACUAUUCAAUUUUCAUGAGCAAUCAGUCAUCAAGGAUUGUUUUAAAAUGCUUGAGAAAAAAGUAGCAGAAUUUGAAAUCCUCCAGGAAUUUAUGGUAAAUAUUUUGGUCUUAACAAAAGUCUGUUGA